UGGGUUUCUAAAAUAUCUAUUUUGUCUGAACUCAACUAUGGCUACCCGGAUAGAGGUGUGCCUUAGUGUUUAAAUUUUUAAUUAAAAGUAGGGGUAUAUUAUUUGCGUUCAGAGAAAAAUUAUUGUUCUCCCCAAUUCCAAUAGAAAAAAUUAAAACGCCACGUGUUUCUCUCAGAGAAUGUUAUCAACUGUGUUCUAUCAAGUAGAUCAAGUAGAUCAAAAAUCACUGUACGGGUGAGCCGUACAGUGAUUUUUUCAAUGCGCACUGCUUGACAGAUUCUAUACCGAAUAUUUUACGAAUUAUGAUCAUCAGUUUAGAUGGAUUUUUUGCACUGAAGAUAUCACUGGAGUCGUGAGGUUUUGAAACUUGACACUCAACUUUUUAUGAAAUUUUAGAUGGCUCUUCUGCCCUUUGGUAUUCGACGGCGCCGUAUCCCAAUCUCUCAAUGCCACGACAGUGAAGGGACCUCCAUGGAGAAUCCUGUUCUUCGGCUCCGACGAUUUCUCUUUGAGAACAUUGAGUGCUCUCACCGACGAGUUUAAACAAAGUAAGAAAUUAAUAAGCAAAUUGGACCUGAUGUUUAUCGACGACGAGGAUGUGGUUUGGAAGUACGCUUACGAGCAUCGGAUCAACAGGAUCGCUUACCCGCCGGAAUUCCCUACCGAGCUGCGAGACAAGUACGAUGUAGGGAUCGUCGUUUCGUUCGGAGAGAUCCUCCAGGAUGAUCUCAUCCCUGAAUUCCCUCUUGGUAUCUUGGAGUCUCACCCAAGUUUACUGCCCAGAUGGCGGGGAGAGACCCCGAUUCCACACGCCUUGAUGCAUGGUGACAAAGAGACGGGUGUGACCAUCAUAAAGGUCAAACCAUUGAACGGAGAUCAUGAAGGAUUUGACGCUGGAGAUAUUGUGAAGCAAAUGCGAACGCAAAUCGGCCCCCACGAAUUUGCGCCAGAGCUGCACAAUCGCUUAGCGGAUGAAAGUGCCAAUCUAGUUAUGGACGUCAUAAAAAAUCUCCCUAAGAUUGUUCAGAAGCCAAAACCACAGGAAACCAAAAACGUUACGUUUGCUCCGCUGCUGCAGCAAGAGAUGUCGUGGGUCGUCUGGAAGAACUGGACCGCCGAGCAGAUCUACAAUCGGCACCGCGCACUGUCGCACGUUUGGCCGGUAGCGACCAUCUGGAAGUGCUUCGUCGUGAAGUUCCACAAUUUCACCGUCGUCCCAGCCGCCGAAGCCAUCGGCCUGGACAUCAUAGUCGCCGCUACGAAGCCACCGACCUCCACUCCCAAGAUGGAGGAGGAACCUCAUAACCUUCAGGCGAACCCUGGGAAUCUCCAAAACCCGGACGAGGCACCCGGAGAGUUCCUGGACAUGGAGGCGGAAUUCGGGAAUCUGGGACGAAUUCUUGAGCCGGAGGCAAGGUCCGGGCAUCUCCACGUCCUUCAGGUGAAGAUGGGUCAACAGGGCACUGGGUAUCGCCGGAAGCCGAAGAGGAUCACCACGCGGCGCCCACGAGGGCGUCCGACGACGACGCCCAGCGACAGUGACGAAGAGUUGUUCGGGGCCGUCGACCUGGAGGCGGCCCAACUCCCGAACGUGACGGACACCCACGAGACACCCAAACAAGCGUGGCAGCGCUGGGUCAAGAAGGUCUACCAGCCGCCCACCACUCUAGACCCUAGGAAUAUCCCGCCCGAAACAUGGCUGAAGCCGGGGCUCGUCUUGUUCGAUUGGAGUGUGCAGGCGCUGAGGGUGAUGUGCGUGGGCGGUGGGCAGUUGUUGGUUCCGAGCGUCACCGUUUCCAGGAGGAAAACCAUGGACGCGCUAAGUUUCCACAACGGGUUUCUGUCCAGGACCAAGCCUUAUUAUAGGGUGUUCAGCGAGUAUGGUCAUUUUAAGGGCGAGGACUCUACUAGACCCCCUUGGGACAUAGUCACCCGGAGGCCGAUGCGCAAGGGGCGGGGGCGAGGACGAGCGAGAGGGUAGUUUUUGAAUUAAAUUAAUAAAGUCGU